GGUAGUUUUGGAAAAGCAUUGGUGGUAGUAUAUAAGACACAAGACAAUCCAGUAAGCGGUUUAGGGCGGAAAAGAAGAAACGAAGCCGUAGAAGAGGGCUCUUUCUUGGCCGAGCAAACUUAUCUCCAACAUCUUUAAUUCGUAGAUGGAUCGGUACCAGAGAGUGGAGAAACCAAAAGCGGAUACACCAAUUGAUGAGAAUGAGAUUCGUAUUACAAGUCAAGGAAGGAUGCGCAGUUAUAUCUCAUAUGCCAUGACUCUGCUUCAAGAAAAAGGGUCAAAUGAAAUAGUAUUCAAAGCAAUGGGAAGAGCCAUCAAUAAGACUGUGACAAUAGUGGAGUUGAUUAAGAGAAGAAUUGUUGGUCUCCAUCAGAUCACAGCAAUUGGAUCCACAGACAUUAUUGAUACAUGGGAGCCCCUUGAGGAAGGCCUCCUUCCUCUGGAGACCACAAGGCAUGUUUCUAUGAUUACAAUUACCCUUUCGAAGAAGGAACUGAAUACAUCUACCGUUGGGUAUCAGCCUCCAUUGCCUGCAGAACAGGUUAAGGGGUCCGUAGAAUUUGAUUAUGAAGGAGAGGUCUCACCAAAUCGAGGUAGGGGUCGUGGAGGUAGAGGAAGGGGUCGUGGUGGUAGAGGUAAUGGAUUUGUUGCUGAAUAUGAAGAUGGUGGUUGGGAUCGCAACAGGGGCCCCGGCAGGGGCAGGGGUCGAGGAAGAGGGCGUAGUGGUUUCCGUGGUCGUGGCAGAGGAGGAUACAAUGGACCAUCACAUGCUGAUAUGCAGCAAGAUGGAGGCUAUAAUUAUGAUGCAUUUGCUCAAGGCCGUGGUCGUGGCCGUGGGAGGGGAAAUCGUGGGAGGGGCCGUGGAUUUAGAUCUAAUGGGCCGAUCCAGGCAGCUGCAUGAGAUGCUGAUUUGGGCUCCCUUUGAAAUGCAGUGCUGUUGAUUAUGUUUGAUGCCUUAUCCAAUAUCAUAUUUAUUCCUUUUCUUUUCUCAUUUCAUUUUUUUUUUUGGUUGCUUGGUCCGAACUAGGAGUUUUUAACUUUAGGGCAUAUUCAUGUGUAACCCCUUAGACUAAUCUUUGUAGUUUGAAACCGUCGCCUUGAGGCUUUGUAGGUGUAGAUGUGGUGAACAAUUGUAACUGUGUUUUUUUUUUUUUUUUUAAAUUUCUAUUAAGCAGUGCAUUCUUUUA